AUGAAGUUACCCAAACAGCAGUUAGCAUUACCAGACUCGAGCUCUUUUCCAACUGUCACCAUGAGGAAUAAAACUGGUGCCACCAGGGAGCGUCCAUGGUCGGCCAUCUUGUCCCCUGAAGAUAGUUCGUCUCUGAUAAUCCCGUCUCGAAGACAUGCCAGCCUCAUGUUUCACGGGAACAAUCUUUCUAAAAGUCUGUCCAUCAGUAACAUCGCCGGUCCGGUGUUGGACGAGAUGCCGAUGCGGACCCUCCGGUACCUGUCCCAGUCCACAGACUCUCUGAACAGGACCCACCAGGUCACGGAGUCCAUGGAGUCACUCACAGACGAAGGCACAGAGAUGAUGGACGCUCAGCUCAUGGGAGAGUUCGAGGCCGAUGCCAAAGACCUAGAGUUGGAUUCCUGGAGUUUAGGAGUCGAUCAACAAUUUCUGCAGCAACACGACAAAGACCUGGUCAAACGACAAGACGUUAUUUACGAGCUGAUGCAGACCGAGCUGCACCACAUCCGCACUCUACGCAUCUUGUCGGAGGUGUACAGUAAGGGGCUGCAGAAGGAGCUGCAGCUGGAGACCCCCGUCCUGGACCGUCUGUUCCCGGCUCUGGAGGACCUGUCGGAGCUGCACUCGCAUUUCCUGCUGCGGCUGCUGGAGCGACGGAGGGGCUGUCAGCAGGAGGGAGGGGCCUCUGAAGAAGGGGCUUCCGAGGGCCCCGUCGUCAUCCACAACAUCGGAGACAUCGUCCUCAGUCAAUUCGCAGGGUCCAGUGGUGAAAACAUGAAAAGAGUUUAUGGAAAGUUCUGCAGCUGUCACAACGAAGCCGUCAAUUUCUACAAAGAUCUUCUGACAAAAGACAAACGUUUCAAGACCUUCAUCAAAAGAAAGAUGAGCAGCAGCAUAGUGCGGAGGCUCGGUAUCCCAGAAUGCAUCUUGCUGGUGACCCAGAGGAUAACAAAGUACCCGGUUCUCUUACAGAGGUUGUUGCUCCACACUAAAGAGGGCAGCGAGGAGCAGGAGGACCUGACUGAAGCUCUGCGGCUGGUGAAGGAAGUCAUCGCGGCUGUGGACGGGAAAGUGAACGAACACGACAAGAGGCGGCGUCUGAAGGACUUCCACUGCCGCACGGACACCAAGUCUAUCAUGAUGAUGAAGAGCGGACAGAUCUUCGCCCGAGAAGACCUUCUGCGGCGGAGGCUCAUUCAUGACGGACCUUUGCAACUGAAAAGCAGCCAAGGAAGACUGAAAGACGUUCAUGCGUUACUUCUAUCUGAUGUCUUUGUCUUUCUUCAUGAAAAGGACCAGAAAUACGUCUUUGCCAUGCUGGUAAGAACGCCUUUAUCAAGCUAA